AUUUUCCUUUCUCCCAAUCAUCCAUGAAAAUUAAGCUUCAGUUGCGUCUUCCUCGGUAGCAUGAUCGACUAUCAUCCUAUUCCGGAACGUGAGAAACACGAGGAGUUUCUACGGGACGUUAUAAAAAUUUUAUUCGAGAAUGUUGUUUUUACCACGCGCAGUGAUAAGGUGGUCCUGUGGCAAAUGCCGGAAAGUUUGAAGGAGAAGUUCGACUUUUCUCUAGGGCAAAGUGGAGAGAGCCACGAGAAGCUGUUGUCGUUACUGAAACAAACGAUAAAGUAUAGCGUUAAGACAGGACAUCCAUAUUUCAUAAACCAGCUUUUUUCUGGGUUAGAUCCUUAUGGUCUCGCUGGACAAUGGUUGACAGAUGCGUUGAACGCAAGCGUUUAUACUUAUGAAGUAGCACCUGUUUUCACGCUUAUGGAGGAAGCUUUGAUCAAAGAAGUGUGCAGCAUGAUUGGUCCCUUGUGGCAGGAUGGAAUUUUUUGCCCUGGAGGAUCUACAGCUAACGGAAUGGCUAUAAAUUUAGCUCGGUUCAGCAGGUUUCCGAGUGUGAAGAAUAAAGGCUGCACGAAUCUGCCACCUCUGAAAAUAUUCACAUCAGAGGAAUGCCACUACUCCAUCAGUAAAUUCUCCUCUUUUUUGGGUAUCGGAGACGAAAAUGUUGUACCUAUAGAUACAGACGAGAUUGGUCAGAUGAGGGUAUCCAGUUUAAUGAAAAGAAUCGAAGAAGUCGAAGAACAAGGCUGUGUUCCAUUUGCUGUAAUAGCCACUUUAGGAACGACGGUACGUGGUGCCUUCGACCCAAUAAACGAAAUAGCUGACAUUUGCAAAAAGCACAACAUGUGGCUCCACAUCGACGCAGCCUGGGGUGGAGGACUCAUUUUUUCCCAGAAGCACAGAUCGAAGCUGAACGGAAUAGAAAGGGCGAAUUCUAUAGUCAUCAAUCCUCACAAGCUUCUCGCGGUGCCCCAGCAGUGCUCUCUUCUUCUCGUCAGAAACAAGGAUAUAUUGCACGCUUGUCAUUCGAAGGAAGCCGAGUAUUUAUUCCAGAAAGACAAAUAUUACGACAGGAAGUACGAUCCCGGAGACAAGUAUCUGCAAUGUGGACGGAAAUGCGACGUCUUCAAGUUUUGGCUCAUGUGGAAGGCCAAGGGUAGUUCCGGUUUCGCUAAUCAUGUAGACAGCCUGAUGGACAUCGCUGAAUAUUUGGAGAAGCAAGUAGAACACCGGACAGAUUUCAUGAUGGUCUCCAAGCGACAAUACAUGAAUGUUUGUUUUUGGUAUUUGCCCAAAUUCCUCAGGGGCAAAAGCAAUAUCAUGGAUUAUUCAACACAACUGCAUAAGGUAGCACCUCAAAUAAAGGCCAUCAUGGUAACCCAUGGUUCUGUGAUGAUGAACUAUCAACCUUUAAAAGAACUGCCUAAUUUCUUCAGGUUCGUUUCCCAGAACUCCGGAUUGACACAGAAAGACGUCGACUAUAUUUUAGAUCACAUAUCUGAGAUAGGAAAUAUGCUAUUCGAAUAAUCAAAAAAAUCUUGGAAUCAGUGUAUUAUUAUCAGUAUUGAGCUGG